GCGCGUGAUUAAACGAAUUCUGCUUUUAGUAUGUAUGUAUUGUAUAUAUUGUACUAUAUAUGUGCAUAUAUACAUUGACACUGAUACUAAUUGCCGUUUCCUUUCUUUAAAGGAAGUAUAGUAACUAACCUAAAAUAAUUAAAUCUAUAUUUCGGAAUAAUUAAACUGAAAUACAAAGGAAAUAAUGGGGGAAAAAUUGUUAUUACUAUAUAAAUUAUACACUUUGUGUGCUUAUCUAAGUAUGACAUCACCUGUUCCAAGAAAUUAUUUUUCUCACUACAUACAUAUAUAUACCCGAUUAAUAAUGAUAUAUAUGGCAAAACAAAACAAACUACGUUGAUCCCAAUUAUAACACUAGGUUAGAUAAGAUAGAUAAAAUUAACAAGUCAUAUCGAAAUAUCAAUACACAUCUUAAUAUUAUUGAAUGUGAAAUACGUAUAUUUCACAAUAUCCUAUUAUUAUGACUGACAAUAAAAGGAAAAUAGCAGGCUGUACAUGCAUUCAACAAAAGUUGCACAGGCAACAACGGAGAGAUCAAUGCAAAAGGAAGAGACAAACAUUCGUAUAUAAUCCAGAGGAGGAAAUGUGGCAUGAACCGUAUUUAAGGGACUUACGCAAAGAAUUUUCAGAUGUGUCUAUAUUGUGUGAUUCGAAGAUCGAAUUGCCAUGGAAGGAUAUCGCGUUACCAGCAGCCGGCAUGAAAAUUCGUCAAGAAGUUUCGUUAACUCCUUUGAACGAUCGUAAUGGACAAACGGAUGACACAGAUGUUGACAAAGAACCAGUGGAAAAAGAAUCUCUGGGAACUAUGCUUUUACCAUGGAAAGAUUUGAUUAUUACGGAAACCUUACCAUCAAAACAAGACAGCCCCGAUAGUUGCGAUUCUACACUAGAAAUUCCAUGGAGUGAUCUUGUACUCGAGAAGCCAAUGGAUAUACAGCCAGUGCAGGAAGAAGCUUGCGUUACUGACGAUGUCGAGAUUCCAUGGAAUGACAUUUUAAUACCGCGAAAUAUAGUGAUCGAAUCACAAAAGAAGAAACAUCCAUCUUCGAAGUAUCCACCUCGCUCAUUGGUAGGAGCGAAGGGUGUUAAAUGCUGUUGUGUCAGUGUUGGAUGCAAAUUGUAGAAUGAACUUUACAACGAGUUGUAAAUAAUUUAUAAAUUUCCGAUAAAAGACUGAAAUAUGAACUUUUAUUAGGUUAUAUUUUUUAAA